GUUCAAUUUCCUGCUCCUACACUUCUACUCUCUUUUCUUCAGCUCCUUUCAUUUCUACAUUCAUCUGUUUCCAAUUCUCCAUAAAAAAAAUUACUCGCCAGAAACCCUCGCUCUUCUCCAAAAGAUUUUGGGUUUUCAAUUUUGAAAUCUGGGUCUGUUCUUUCACUUCUUUGCAUCUAAUUUCCAAAAGAAAGGGAAAACAAUAUAUACAUAUCCUUCGUUCCGACCGUCUGUAUGUCUUCAAGCAAAUUAAAGCAAUGCAAAAACAAGAAGAAAAUGUCAGUUUUUGUCAGAUCUGUUAAGGUUGCAGCAGCUGUCCAUGUGUGUCAAGCUUCGAAGCACCAUUCAAAGACAAUAAGAAAGAAUGCCAGUGCCAGCAGUGACAGGGAAGCUUGGUUCUACAAUUGGCGGGAAACUUGUCGAGCUAACAGUGGAACCCAUUCUAAAAGAAAUUGGUUAUGUCAUCUUCUACCGUCACAACCUAACAGAGCACGAGGAUGCCCUGAAAGAACUCAAGAAUCGCAGAGAUGUUGUGCAGAUUAGGGUUGAUGAAGCCAGAAGACAGGGCGAAGAAAUUUAUGGGCAAGUUAAGGAUUGGAUCAGCAAGGCAGACGAAAUUACAAGUGGUGUGUGCAAAGGGACCCCAGGAUUAGAAGCAAAGAAGAUGACAAUGCGAAUUCGAGAGCUCAAGGACAAAGGGAAGUUUGAUAGUGUUUCACACUUCAUUCCUCCAAAGUUAGUAGGUGUACCGCCUACCAGCGAGGAAAAUGAUGAACUUAUAGAAUCCAGAAUCUCAAUCAGGAAUCAGGUUUUGGAAGCAUUGAAGGGUUCCUCCAGAGUUGGGUUGUGUGGGCUUCCUGGUGUGGGGAAAACUACCCUAGCCAAAGAGAUAGCAAAGGUAGCUGAUGAGCACAAGGAGAUUUUUGGGUUGGUCGUUUGGGCGACUGUUACCCCUAAUUCGAAGCUUAAAUCACUCCAAGCCCAAAUUGCAGAGCCUGCUGGAGUGAAAUUUAAUACGAAGAUUGUGAAUGCAAGAGCUAAGCAUCUUCUUCAGAGGUAUGCUGUGGGUUUAGGUUUACUUGAAGAUGUACACUCCAUGAAAGAUGCUCAUGAUACAUUGGAUGAAGAUAUAAGUGAUUUGAAGGCCUCAAGUUUGUUGCUUGAUAGCUUUUCUGAUGAUCGUGUCACAAUGCAUGAGCUCUUUCGUGACUUUGCACUUGAAGAACAAGAGCCCCUUGCGGUGAGACGUAAAGGAGGGAAAGUUGACUUAGAAAACAUAGAAGGCUGCACUAGAUUGGUCUUGGACGAAUGGGAUAGAAAACUUCCAGGUGAGUUGCCUUGUCCCAAACUUGAAUUCUUCUUGCUAAAUAAUGGUGAAGAAGACUCUGAUUUGACAAUUCCAGACAAUUUCUUUAAAUCAUUGAAUGAACUCAGAGCGAUGGGAUUUAGCGGUGUGAGCUUUUCGUCCUUGUCGACACUUGGCCACCUACAAAAGCUUAGAACAUUGUGUCUGGAAUCGUGUGGGUUGAAAGACAUAUCGCAGGUUGGGAAUUUGAAGAGUUUAAGAGUUCUCAGUUUUGCUGGGUCUAAAAUUAAGCAAUUGCCGGGCGCAUUGGCACGGCUGAGAUGCCUGCAAGUGUUGGAUUUAUCCGAUUGCUACUAUUUAAAAGUGAUUCCACCAAAAGUAUUAUCUAGUUUGACUAGAUUAGAGGUUUUGAACAUGAAAGGGAGCUUCUGCCAAUGGGAAGCUAUUGAAGGACCCACCAAAGAGAGUAGGAAUGCAAGCCUUGAUGAGUUGAAGCAUUUGACUAAUCUCUAUGACUUAACCAUCCAUAUUCCCCAAAAGAUUGCUGUGCCAGAAGACUUGUUCCAAGACAUGCCUUUGGAGAGGUACAUGAUAUCACAUGGUGGAACGUCGUCUAAGUGGUUCGUGCCUGGUGAUGCAGCAUUUCCUCAUCAACGUGUGGGACUGGAACAUCUUGAAGUCAGAGAAUGCAAAUCUAUGAAAGCCAUUUUGGGGUCUUCUACUAAUAAAGAUUCAAUAAUUGAUGUCAUUGUGUUUCAUGCAUUGCGUACUAUGAACAUGACAAAUAUGCCCAUGCUUUCGGCAUUCUACGAGCAAGAGGAGGAGGAGAUUAAUGCAAAACGAAAAUCACUUUUCAACAGCAAGAUUUCCUUUCCAAAGAUAGAGAGUUUGGAGGUAGCAGGGUUGAACAGAUCGAUUCAAUCGCUUUGGGCUGAUGAUGACCAACUUCCACACAACUCAUUCGCCAUUUUAAAAAGAUUGAUAGUUGAAAAGUGUGGGUUCGUGGAGAGAUUGGUCCCCUUUCAUGUACUCAAAUGCUUGAGGCAUCUGGAAAGGGUAGAGGUUGAAGAUUGUGACAAGCUGGAAGUGGUGUUCGAUUUCGAAGAACACUGCACAAGUGAGGAGAUACAGUACUCACCAUUUUCAUUGAAGAAGCUGUCCCUGCACAAGUUGCCACAACUGAAGCAUGUGUGGGGGAAUUGGCCGCAAGAGACGACGGUCAUGUCCUUCCCAUGUCUGGAAGAAGUAGAGAUUAAGGAAUGCGAGACGCGGCUGACCAGUAUGUUCCCUUCAUCACAGUUGCAAGAUGAGGAGUAUCCUCUAUUUCCUCACCAAAAGGUGGUUCAAAAUAUGAAGAGGUUCACCUGUGAUGGAAAAUUCGCAAAGAUGGUAUGGGACGGCCAAAUUCCGGAUAACUACUUUUCCAAUCUUGAAGAAGUGUUUCUAUAUUUGGACGAUGAUGAUGAUGAGUCAGUAGAUACUACCAUUCGGCGUGGAUUGUACCAGAGUAAGUUUCCAAAUCUACAGAAGCUGGAGUUUAAGGGGGACGAGAAGCCGCCUAUAUUAUUCUCUUCAUCAUCUGUGGAGCUGGAGCCUCCUCGGGACAAUGAAGCCGUUGCAACUUUCAAAACACUGGUUUUUGAGGCAAGGCACUUCUUGGAGCAGCAGAUAUGCAUUGAUGAUACCGAGCCGGCAUUUCUUUGCCAAAACCUUCAAACUUUGGACAUUUCAGGGUGUCCCAACCUGAUAAACUUGGGACCAUCCUUGAUUUAUUUCACCAAUCUUCGAGAAAUCAUAGUAAGUUAUUGCGAUAAAAUGACCAGUUUGCUGGUGCCAUCAACCUCAAGAGGCCUGUCGCAGCUCACGAGGUUGACAAUAACCGAUUGCUGCCAAAUGAAGGAAGUUGUAGCAGAGCAACAAGUGCUGGAAGAGGAUGGUGGUGAUGGUACGACGAGUGGGAGGGAGAUUAUUGUUUUUCAAAAAUUGGAAUCUUUGGAACUCGAAUAUUUGCCAUGUUUGAGGAGCUUCUGCAAUUCUAAUGACCAUGCCUUCAGCUUUCCAUCCUUAGCAGAAGUAAUUAUUAGAAAAUGUCCAGGAAUGAUCAUCUUCUGCCAAGGAGAUGUGCAUACACCAAAUCUUAAAGGUGUCACACUUGAAGAAAGAAGCAUGGGGAAACAACAACCGCACUGGGAAGGCAGCCUUAACCAAACAAUCCAAUACUUUUUGCUAUCUCAGGUAAAAGGUUUGGAGCUGUGCCCUGAGAUGAGAAGCCUAUGGAUGGAAAAACGUUCACAGCGCAUGGCUUUUAGCAGAUUGGAAGAUUUAACCGUUGAGAGCUGUGACUUCUUAUCUGAAUGUGUGAUACCCACACAUUUGGUAGCGUCAUUGAGGCGUUUGAAAGUAUUGGUGGUUCGUAAUUGUCAGUAUAUAAAAACAAUAUUUUGUCCGGAGGAUGGAUGUAAAUGGUUUCAAUCUCUGCAAAAACUACAUGUCACUAAUUGUAAAAGUUUAGAAUACAUUUUUAUGGGAUCAGCUGCUAAAGGAUUUGAGGAUAAUGAGAGUUUAGAGGAAAAAUCUUCAAAGUUCUUGUUUGCUCGUUUAGAGUCUUUGAAAUUGGAGAAGUUGCCAUAUCUCAAGGGUUUUUGUCUGCAAAGAUGUACAUUUGAAUGCCCACAACUCGCAGAGUUACGGGUGUCUCAAUGCGAAAACAUAACCGCAUUUGGCACAGAAAUGGCACGUAUUAUUACAAACUCGGGUGAAAGAGAUGAAUUAGAACAGAGCCAAACCCACCUCUUCUUGGCCGAAAAGGUGAUUCCCAACAUAGAAAGACUAUCAUUGAGUAAAAAAGAUGUGACUCUCAUAAAAAACCACCAAUUCGAGACGAAUCUCUUUGAUGAAGUGGAGGAUCUUACUCUGGGAGGCUUUGUUGGAGGAGAAUCAGCAGCAGCAGCAGCAUCAUCCCUUCCUUUUGAUUUUCUUGAAAGAUUUCCAAAGCUGCUGAGGCUGCGUGUGGAACAUAGUGCCUUUGAGGAGAUAUUCUCAUCUCAACCACAACAACAUACAUUUUGUAGUUCCUUGGAGGAAUUAGAGCUUGCAUAUUUGGAGGAGCUGAAUGCCAUAUGGAAUCAUGAUGAUCAUUCUUCUUCUUCUUCUUCUUCUCAAUUUCAACCACUUCAUCUAAAUCUAGAAUCUCUUAAAGUGGAUUGCUGUCCUAAUUUGAUUAUGCUGGUUCCGGCUUCUGCUUCACUUGCAAAUCUAACACAUCUGAAGGUGUCUGGCUGUCAUCAAUUGACCUAUUUGUUCACAGAUUCAACUGCCAAAAGCUUGGUAUAUCUGGAAACAUUGGCGGUAAAGGAGUGCAGAAAGAUGAAAGAAAUCGUGAGAAAUGAGAGCGAAGAAGAUGCAGCAGGAAUCACAUUAAAUGGAUUGCGCAAACUGGAACUUGAUGCUCUACCGAGCUUUGAGGGAUUUUGUUUGAAAAACCAGACCUUUCAAUUCCCAGACUUAACUGGAGUAACUAUAAAGGGAUGCCAUCAAAUGAAGAUGUUUUCUCUUGGAGACUUGGAAACACCACAAUUGGAGGGUGUGGACAUUGACGAUAGCAGCAUGCGCUUGAAGAGAGAUCUUAACAAAACCAUAGAAUUGUUCGUCUCAAAGAAGGUACCGAAAACACAAUAUAAGGCAUAGCUUGAGGUAUGACCAAUGAAACCUAAAAUUGACGAUUCUUACAUAUUUUUCCCCAUCUUCUAUUCUAACUCUGCCAUUCUGAAAAUGGAAAACAUCUCCUUUGAUGAUGACGAUGACGAUGAUGAUGCAGGAUAACAAGAAUAUAAGGACUGGCUGAGUUCUUCAUCCAUAGUAUCUAUCUUUCAUCCAUAGUAUCUCUCGGGUGUUUCUGUUACGUACGUGGGACGACCGUGGUAUACUAGCUGCAUUCAUAAGAGUUCUGGG